UGAUUCCAGAAGCAGCUCAUCACUCACAUUCUCUUCCGUCAAUCCUCAGCAUUCCUCUCCCUCAUGUCCUAGAUUCAAUGGAGCACUUUCCUCCUGAGGAACGUGUCAUCGUAACAUCCCCAGGGCGGUUUUAGCUAAAACACACUUUUAGUAAGCUGGCAACUUAGAUGAAUGGAUGAAGUCAGUCUGCUGUCAUCCUUGAGGAGGAAGCUUCCUCCCAUCCCUUCUGCUCUGAUCCUGGUUCAGAGCGGAUGAUGGAGUGAUGUGUCUCAGGAAGGAGAGGUUUGUGUUGGGGCUGGAUAUCUGAGAGCUGGGUUAGUUCUGGCUGGGCUUUUAGCAGACUUUAGCAGACGGACCCGUGUCUUUUAGCAGAAUCGCUCACAUCUGAUCUGCUCACAGAAGUGUGUAUGUUUUUGGGACCGGGUGCAAUGGGUUGCACUGCGAGUGUGAUCCUGUUUGAGGGACUGCGGCGUGUGUUGCACAGGAACUGUGGAUAUGUGUGUAAACCGGAGCUGGAGGCAGCAGAGCCAGCGGAGGAAGAAGAUACACUCAGCCGCAGAGAAUCACUGGCUAUCACACCAUCAGCAGCUGCAUCAUCGGUAAAACCAAAAGUGAUCGAGCCUUUGGACUAUGAGAGUGUACUUGUCCAGAGGAAAACUCAGAUACUCAGUGAUGUCCUCAGAGACAUGCUGCAGUUUCCUAUUGAUGACUUUCAGAUCUCCAUUUUGAAGCGUCAGGGCAGAGCUCUAUACUCUUCAGUACCAGGCGGGGCAGAAAAGAGAGCCAGCAGCCUGCUCGUCCAGGAGUGCAUCAAGACCUACAACUCUGAUUGGCAUGUGGUGAACUACAAAUACGAGGAUUAUUCUGGAGACUUCCGCCAACUUCCAAAUAAAGUUCCUCGUCCAGAGAAGUUAGCGAGCCACGUGUUUGAGGUGGACGAGGAUGCCGAUAAGGAGGAGGAUGCCGCGUCACUGAGUUCUCAAAGAGGGGGCGUGUCCAAGCAUGGCUGGCUGUAUAAAGCAAACAUGAACAGUGCCAUCAGUGUUACCAUGAGGUCUUUUAAGAGAAGGUAUUUCCACUUGACCCAGCUGGGAGAUGGAUCAUACAACUUGAACUUCUACAAAGAUGAGAAAAUAUCUAAAGAACCCAAGGGAACCAUCUUCCUGGACUCAUGCAUGGGUGUCAUCCAGAACAGUAAAGUGCGGCGUUUUGCAUUUGAGCUGAAGAUGCAGGAUAAAAGCACGUAUCUUCUGGCUGCAGACAGUGAAGGAGAGAUGGAUGACUGGAUCGGCACCCUCAACAAGAUACUCCACAGCAGUUUUGAACUUGCCAUGCAGGAGAGGAGGAACGGAGAACUGCACGACGACGAUGAGCUGGGCAAGACAGACAUAUCUCCGGGGAAUUUUCAGGACAGUUUCCAGAGUGCGAGAGACAUUGAGUCCAAGAUGAGGAGUGAGACUCGUCUGAAGCUCUUCACUCUGGACCCUGACACACAGAGACUCGAUUUGUCUGGCAUCGAACCUGACGUGAAGCAGUUUGAGGAGAAGUUUGGCAAGAGAGUUUUGGUCAGCUGCAAUGAUCUGUCUUUCAACCUUCAGAGCUGUGUAGCAGAGAAUGAGGAGGGACCUACUACUAACGUGGAGCCCUUCUUCGUUGUGCUCUCCUUGUUUGACGUGCAGAACAGUAGAAAAAUAUCUGCAGAUUUUCACGUGGAUCUAAACCACCCACUGGUCCGAUCCAUGAUCCCACCACCGAGCAUGCAGAUAAACGGAGCGGUGGACACACCUCAUGGAGAAAUGCUGCCUAGUGAACUGCUGGAGGGGAUGCUGCAGUAUCCCAAAAAAGGUGUCUUCUCUGUGAUGUGUCCUCACCCUGACAUCUUUCUGGUGGCACGAAUUGAGAAGGUUCUGCAGGGAGGCAUUACCCACUGCGCCGAGCCCUACAUGAAGAGCUCCGACUCCAGCAAGGUUGCCCAGAAGGUUCUGAAGAAUGCCAAAAUGGCCUGCAGCAGACUGGGCCAGUACAGGAUGCCUUUCGCAUGGGCAGCCCGGCCUGUGUUUAGAGAUGCCUCAGGGACUCUGGAUAAAAGCGCUCGGUUCUCCGCGCUGUACCGGCAAGACAGUAAUAAACUCUCAGAAGAGGAUCUUUUCAAACUGCUGGCAGAUUUUAGGAAACCUGAGAAGAUGGCUAAAUUACCUGUCAUCUUGGGUAACCUGGAUGUGACCAUUGAUAAUGUCCCUCCUGAUAUGGCUAACUGUGUCACUCCAUCCUACAUCCCAGUGAGGCCUUUUGAAAGUAAUGGGCCGAGCAAUGGUGUUCUGUUGGAGGUGGAGGAGUUCGUUCCCUGUAUUGCCAAGUGCUCUCAGCCUUUCACUACCUACAACAAUCAUCUAUAUGUCUAUCCGAAGCACCUCAAAUAUGACAACCAGAAGUCUUUCGCCAAGGCGAGGAAUAUUGCAGUAUGUGUGGAAUUCAGAGAGUCGGAUGAAGAGGAUGCUCAACCUUUGAAGUGUAUCUAUGGGCGCCCAGGAGGUCCUCUCUUCACCAAACAUGCAUACGCAGCUGUACUGCACCACCAGCAAAACCCAGAGUUCUAUGAUGAGAUAAAAAUCGAGUUGCCCACACAACUUCAUGAAAAGCAUCACCUGCUCUUCACUUUUUACCACAUCAGCUGUGACAGCAGCACAAAGAAACGGGAUAUAGUAGAGACCCCAGUGGGCUCAGCCUGGCUUCCUCUGCUUAAAGAUGGUCGUGUUGUUAUGAGUGAGCAACACAUCUCUGUGGCAUCCAACCUACCAAAUGGUUACCUCAGCUGCCAGGAGGGUGUAAGCAAGCACUCUAGUCCUGAGAUAAAGUGGGUGGAUGGAGGACGUCCUCUCUUCAGAGUGUCCACACAUCUGGUCUCUACCAUCUACACUCAGGAUCAGCACCUGCACAAUUUUUUCCAUCAUUUCCAGAGUAUGCAGUCUGGUGCCACCCGUCCAACUGAGGGUGAGCUUGUCAAAUACCUCAAGAGUCUUCAUGCCAUGGAAGGCCAUGUUAUGAUCAACUUCCUGCCGACCAUUUUAAACCAACUGGUUCAUGUUCUGACCAGCGCCAGUAAUGAGGAUGUGGCUGUAAACACCACCAGGGUCAUGGUCCACAUUGUUGCUCAGUGCCACGAGGAGGGUCUAGAACACUACCUGAGGUCAUAUGUCAAGUACGUGUUUAAAACAGAGUCCUAUUCAACCAGUAACAGUAAGACAGUGCACGAAGAACUGGCCAAAGCCAUGACAUCCAUCUUAAAGCCUUCGACUGACUUCCUUACCAGCAACAAGCUUCUCAAGUAUUCGUGGUAUUUUUUUGAAGCCCUGGUGAAGUCAAUGGCACAGUACCUGAUGGAAAGUGGCAAGGUCAAGCUGUCCAGGAACCAGCGAUUCACGGCUUCGUUUCACCAUGCUGUGGAGACACUGGUGAACAUGCUGAUGCCCCACAUUACCCAGAAGUAUAAGGAUAACUUGGAUGCUGCCCGCAAUGCCAAUCACAGCCUGGCUGUCUUCAUAAAGCGCUGUUUUACCUUUAUGGAUCGAGGAUUUGUCUUCAAGCAGAUAAACAAUUACAUCACCUGUUUCAUACCUGGAGAUCCCAAGACGCUGUAUGAGUUUAAGUUUGAGUUUCUGCGGGUGGUGUGUAAUCAUGAACACUACGUACCUCUAAAUCUGCCCAUGCCUUUUGGGAAGGGUCGCAUUCAGAGGUUUCAAGAUCUGCAGUUGGACUACUCACUGACUGAUGAUUUCUGCAGGAAUCACUUCCUAGUGGGUUUGUUAUUGAGGGAGGUGUGUGGGGCCCUUCAGGAGUUUGGAGAAGUCCGUCAGAUUGCCAUUCAAGUUCUCAAGAGUCUGAUGAUCAAACACACAUUUGACGAUCGCUAUGUCUCAAAGAGUCAGCAGGCCAGGUUGGCGACACUCUAUCUACCCUUGUUUGGGUUGCUACAGGAGAACGUUCACAGAGUAAAUGUGAGAGACACGUCAAAUUUUAACACCAACCAGAAUGGGCGAGAUGAACAUCUUGCCGGCAUCUCUACGGCAACACCCCAAAAGCCUGUUGGUAACCUUGACAACAGCCUUCAUAAGGAUGUAUUUGGGGUUAUCUCAGGAACUGCCUCUCCUCACACCUCCACGCCCAACAUCGGUUCUGUGCGACACGCUGACUCCCGGGGUUCUCUGGUCAGCACAGACUCAGGAAACAGCCUCCACGAGAAGACCAUUGAGAAGACCAGCUCCCUCGAUAAGACUCAGUCAGCCUCUGCUCUGGGUAGCUCUAUGCUACGUUGUGAUAAAUUGGACAGAGAAGAAAUCAAAAACCUGCUCAUGUGUUUCCUCCAUGUCUUAAAGAGCAUGUCUGAAGAUGCCUUAUUUACAUACUGGAACAAAGCCACGACAUCUGAGCUGAUGGACUUUUUCACUUUAGUAGAAGUGUGUCUACAUCAGUUCAGGUAUAUGGGGAAGAGAUUCAUUGCCAGAAGCCAGGAGGGGGUGGGGUUUAUAGCUUCGGACAGGAAGUCGUUGACUCUUCCUGUGUCUCGUAACAGAGGGGGCGUCAUGCACACUCGCUUACACCAGCUGGGCAGCCUGGAGAACGCACACACUUUCAACCACACAUCUUGCCAUGGUGAUGCUGACGCGUGUCUCCUGGAGGCUAACGUCUCAACGGAGGUGUGCUUGACUGUGCUGGACACACUCAGUGUCUUCAUCAUGGGCUUUAAGACGCAGCUGUGUGCUGAUUUGGGUCAUAACCCGCUGAUGAAGAAGGUUUUCCAGGUUCACCUCUGUUUCCUUCAGAUCCCUCAGUCAGAGACGGCACUGAAGCAGGUCUUCACCUCCCUACGAACCUUCAUUUACAAGUUUCCUUGUACGUUUUUUGAUGGCCGAGCGGAUAUGUGUGCCUGUUUGUGCUAUGAGAUUCUGAAGUGCUGUAAUUCCAAACUGAGCUCCAUACGCAGUGAUGCCGCCCACCUGCUCUAUUUCCUCAUGAAGAGCAACUUCGAGUACAAUGGCAGGAAGUCCUUUGUCCGCACACACCUGCAGGUGGUGAUUGCAGUCAGUCAGCUGAUUGCUGAUGUCAUCGGGAUUGGUGGGACACGGUUCCAGCAGUCACUGUCCAUUAUUAAUAAUUGUGCCAACAGUGAUAAAACUGUAAAGCACACUGCUUUUCCCUCGGAUGUGAAGGACCUGACCAAGCGGAUCCGGACAGUACUCAUGGCCACUGAGCAGAUGAAGGAACAUGAAAAAGACCCAGAGAUGCUGGUGGACCUGCAAUACAGCCUGGCCAAAUCCUACACCAGCACCCCGGAGCUGCGCAAAACUUGGCUGGAUAGUAUGGCCAAAAUCCAUGUCAAGAACGGAGAUCUGUCAGAGGCAGCGAUGUGUUACGUGCAUGUGGCAGCACUGGUGGCCGAGUACCUGAAGAGGAAAGGAAUGUUUCGUCAGGGCUGCUCGGCAUUUCGUGUGAUCACACCCAACAUCGAUGAGGAGGCAGCCAUGAUGGAGGAUGUGGGCAUGCAGGACGUUCAUUUCAAUGAGGAGGUGCUUAUGGAGUUGCUGGAAGCUUGUGCUGAUGGUUUAUGGAAAGCUGAGCGUUACGAACUUAUUUCAGAUAUCUACAAACUCAUCAUCCCAAUUUACGAACAACGCAGAGACUUUGAGAAAUUGGCCCACCUGUAUGACACAUUACAUCGGGCUUACACUAAAGUCAUGGAAGUGAUGCAUUCUGGGAAGAGGCUACUUGGCACCUUUUUCAGAGUGGCAUUUUUCGGCCAGGCUGCGGGUUUCUUUGAAGAUGAGGAUGGAAAGGAAUAUAUCUAUAAAGAACCAAAAUUCACUCCUCUCUCAGAGAUUUCCCAGCGUCUCCUCAAACUUUACUCAGACAAAUUUGGCCAAGAAAAUGUCAAAAUGAUCCAGGACUCCGGCAGGGUGAACCCUAAAGAUCUGGAGGCAAAGUUUGCCUACAUCCAAGUGACGCACGUGACGCCGUAUCUAGAGGAAAAGGAGCUGGAAGAGAGGAAGACUGACUUUGAGAGGAGCCACAACAUUCGCCGUUUUGUGUUUGAGACGCCAUUCACAGAGUCGGGCAAGAGGCACGGCGGGGUCGAGGAACAGUGCAAACGCAGGACGGUGCUCACCACUACACACUGUUUCCCGUAUGUGAAAAAGCGCAUAGCAGUGAUGUAUCAGCACCACACAGACCUGAGCCCUAUCGAGGUGGCCAUAGAUGAGAUGAGCGGGAAGGUGGCUGAACUCAGAGCCCUCUGUGCAACCAGUGAGGUCGACAUGAUCCGCCUGCAACUUAAGCUUCAGGGAAGCAUUAGUGUACAGGUCAAUGCUGGGCCACUUGCAUAUGCCAGAGCUUUCCUUGAUGAUGCCUGCGCCAAAAAAUACCCAGAUAACAAAGUCAAACAGCUCAAAGAGGUCUUCAGGCAGUUUGUUGAGGCAUGUGGACAGGCUUUAGCUGUAAAUGAAAGGCUGAUCAAGGAGGACCAACAGGAAUAUCAUGAUGAGAUGAAAGCCAGUUACAAAGACCUGGCCAGAGAGCUUUCACACAUCAUGCAUGAACAGAUCUCCACUGUGGAGGGCGGAACCAAGAGCGCUCUUUCAGAUUCGCUGCAUAUUUUCAAUGCCAUCAGUGGCACGCCCAGCGGCUCCACCCUGCAUGGCAUGCCUAGCUCCGCCUCCUCCGUGUGACUUCUCACCCCUGGCCUUAAACCUCUGACCCUACCCACAGCCAGAGAGACGGACAGACUGAAAUGCAUCAAAAGCUAAAGAACAGGGAAAGAAUAGUAUUUCAUUGUCAGCCUGGUUUCGACUCAGUCCGGAAUGGAUCGCCCAUCAAUCAGAAUCCAGGACAUGAGGAUAGAGCAGCUGUGUCCGGUCUUUGGAAUGGAAGUUAUUAUUCCCAUAUGACUGACUUUUGUUCUUUUCUUAUCCACUCCAGUCCUCCGGUGUUUCCUGUAGAGACUAUCACUUUUAUUUCCUCAACCAGAACAACUUGAAAAAUAUGCCUUUUUACUUUCACAUUCUUCAUGUUUCCAUGUACUCCCCCAUUCCGGAAGUUCAUUGCUGCUCUGUGCUGAGAGAGAGGCUGUGACAUCACUUCCUGUGUCCGAGGCAGUAGCGGUCCAUCGAGUGGUAGCAAAGAGAACACAACUGUGCUUUAGUGUAGCAGGAAGUUUGAGCUUUACUGUACAAAAUACCCAUGAUCACCUGAGCCACUCUAGCUUUUUAGCCCACACUUCCAUUUCCAUAUUUUUUCCUCUUGUUUUUGUUAAAAGCCAAGGAACAAGUGCUGUUUCUUUGUAGCUGAGGUGCAAUAAUUCUCUUUCUUUGUCUUGUUUUGGUUCCUGAAGAUCUCUUGCCAAAGGCUAGAUGUGAAAUAUAUAUAUGGACAAAAGAAUAAACAAGGAUUUUUAUAACCAUUUAUGUUUGUUUAAAUGUAAAUUGUUUUAUAUCGGGGGUUAGAUAUGGGGGGUAUUUUUAUUUAAAAGAAUCUGUUCUGGAAAGAUAUUAAUGUCCCUAAAAUCUCUGAAUAAAAUGUAUUAUCUUACAUAA